UACCAAUUAAUUGUAAAACUAAUAAAUUUGUCCAAAAAAUUGCUUCUCAUUUAGUUUUGUGCCAAAAAUUAUUAAGUUUUGAGUCAAAGAGUGGAAGAAGUGAUGAAUCAAUUGGUCUGAUGGCAGACAAAGACAUUUACGACGAAAAAUAUUUUCCUCCGUGUCUUAAAAGACCCGGUCUUUCGGUCUAUAAAUUCAAGCAAUACUUCAAUGAAAGCGAUUACAAAAGGAAACCACAGAUCGAGAGUUCGCUUACAAACGGCGUAUGGAUUACAAGAUGUCAUUUGAUUGAACCCAAAGAAGUGGUCUUCACGUCAUCCAAGACCAGGAAGAAGGAGUCGGAAGCGAUUGUUAUGGGAAAGGCUUUACUUUGGCUCAGAGACAAUGACUUUGUGGACAAUACUUUCUCUGCGGUUAGGAUGACAUCGAAGCAAAUCCGAGACUUUUACGACUCAAGCAAUGGUCCGAUUAGUAUAAAACCAAUCGAUGACAGCCUUAGCGAUGAAAUGAACAAAUUUUGCGAUUCAUUUGAUAAAACAUUGAAAGACAAAAUUGUCAACAUUUGUCGCACUUCUCAAGAUUUCAAAGACAUUGAAUCAAACGAAACCGAUUUGAAAGAGGGCUCCAAUCCAUCCGCUGUUGCAGUCAUUCGCAAUAUUUUUGAUAACAGAAUAUAUGAAGAAAUGAGUGAAAAUCUAGCAAACGAUAGGGAAUUACAAUUGAAGUCAUUUUUAGAGAAAAGAAAAAUACGAGAAGAAAGCGAUGAUAGCUAUGGAAGACUUCGCCGCAAAUUAGUAGAGCUUCCGAUGAAUCACUACAGGAAACAGAUCUUACAAACCAUUGAAGAGAACAGAAUUGUUGUCAUCACUGGUGACACCGGGUGUGGAAAAACCACUCAAAUCCCGCAAAUGAUUUUUGAAAACCAAAUUAAGCGCCAAAUGGGAGCCCAAACUAAUAUAGUGGUCACUCAACCGCGCCGUCUGUCAGCCAUUUCUAUAUCACAACGAAUUGCUAUGGAAUUCGGAGAAGAAGUGAUCGGAAACUCAAUCGGAUAUAACAUUAGAUUUGAUAAACAUAUUCCCAAACACACGAAUGGAGCCAUUCUUCUCUGUUCGGCGGGAAUUCUACUGCGAAAACUUGGAUCUAAUGCCGGUCUGAAAGGUGUCAGUCAUGUGAUCAUUGAUGAGGUUCACGAAAGAGACGUUAUAACAGACUUUCUAUUAGUUCUAAUGAAGAGAUCACUCGAAUUGAAUCCAAAUCUUCGCGUUAUUUUAAUGAGCGCUUCAAUGAACGCACAAUUGUUUGCCAAUUACUUUAACUGUCACCUCAUAGAAGUUCCCGGACGUUGUUAUCAAGUGAAGCAUUUAUAUUUGAAUGACUUCUGCUCUCAUUUAGGAAAUCAGUGUUUAGUUAACAAGUUUUCCGAAAGAAAUCCAAAAGUUGACGCAAAACUGAUCGCACUUUUGGUUAAUUAUAUAAACCGACGCAAACCGGACGGCGCUAUACUGUGUUUCCUUCCCGGUUGGGCUGAAAUACAAGAAGUU